AUGGUAGGGUUAAAGAAGUUCUUGAACGCGGAGAAGAUACAAUCCCGAUUGUGUAGCCCUGAUUCGGCGGAUCUCGGUUGUUACUCGCCAUCGAGGGGCGUACACUUCUUCAAAAUCUUCACAGAGGCGCAUCCGCCAAAAAUAUGCCAGCCUUCCCUUUUGAAAAUGGAGAAUCAAACGUUUUUGGGAAUUGACAGGCAAUUCGAGGAUCUGCACGACCAUUUCCGUUCCAGACCCGAAAAGCGCUACCAUUAUAUUGAUCCGAAACGAUGCCCCUUACGGACAAAACACCAUAUUGAUGUCCUUGAAGCCAUUUUCCCGCCUCAGAAUUACCCAUCGACGCCGGUAUCGCCUUUAACCCUAUAUAAUGAAGAUAUUGCGGAGCGAAAUAUCACUACUCCACCGAUCCAGGUCCAAGAUCCCUAUGCUCGAGUGAUAUCAGCGAUAUACCAGGAAGAUGUGGCGGACCGCAAUAUUAUACGAAACGGAGGUAGCCUUGCAUGUGAUGCCUCGCGGUAUCACUUGCGCGUCCAGAAAACGAGGCCACAAGUUCGGGAAACUAAAGAGGGCCGUACCAGAACGCGUUCGCAAUCGCCUGCGUCUAACCGCAAAUCUUUUGUUGACAAUGGAGGGGGAAAUUUGAGAACCAGCACUUCAGAGCAUGGCUUACGAAAAUACUCUUCUGCCGCGAUUGAAAAUGAAGCAUCAAAAUUCGAUAAAACGAAGAUAACUACUGAGUCGUCCAAUGGCUCUCGUCCAGCAACCGGAACAACUCAUGCCAAUUCAACUUCAGCGUUGAACACUAAGAUGAACGAUGCAUAUGAUAAGUUAGCAAGCGCUGGUUCCGGGGGCAGGAGAGCACCAAAAUCCAGCCGACUGAAGUCGGGACCGAGGGCUGCCGGCGAAAAAGUCCCUCAACCUCAAUGCAAUCUUCUACUUUUCCCCAAACCAUGCACGUUUUCGACUAGGAAAAAUGUGCGAGAUCUGUCUAUAAACAUGGAGCUAGCUGCCCCUCGCAAAAUGUUUGUUAAAGUGGGUACUCGUUCUGUUGAGACCUCUUCUCCCAAAAGCCAACGGAAUCCCAGUAUCGCCGAAGUUGUAAACGGCCCUGCCUCUAUACCGAAUCCAGCAACCCAUAAAUUAAACGAGAUCAUAAAUCUGUUGAAGCAAGCGUGCAGUCCGCGACUUACAGAGCCCAGCACGGCAACAGAGACUUUACAAGACGCCAUUGUUCGCGAAAUCAACUCUCACGAUGCCUUCCAUCGAAUCAAUUCCGAUGGCUCUUUUGAUGCAUGUGCUGAGAUAUCUCCUGUCCUAAUAGUAGAACAUUCCCAAGAACAAGUUCCACGGCACAAAGCUCCGAGUACUAAUUUUUCGAGGAAAGGGAAAUAUGAAACACGAUAUUUUCAGAAAACGUCUUCUAAAGAAACAGAACGCAGCCCAACUACGCCGGGGCGAGAGUUGUCUAUUCCUGCACUGAUGGAUUUGGAACGCGAUGCCACUUAUCGCUUUGAACGUCAACGAAGACAUACUUACGCUCAGCCCUCAUCGACGCUGUUAAACGAAUGUGAGAGCGACAUCCGAAAAAAGUCGUUAUCUCCCUAA